CCCAGAUAAAAGGUAGGGGCAGAGGAGGAGCGAGCAGAAAGCAUCCUGGCGGGACAGCAUGAAGGGGCGCUCAUCCACCGGCAGCAUCCUGCUGCUCCUCUUGCUCCUGAACCUGGACCUUGGAGAAGGACUGCCCCUGCAGCCCGUCACCACAUGCUGUACUCAGCUCUACCGUCAGCCACUGUCAGCCAAGCUACUAAAGAAGGUCGUCCGGGUAGAAGUGCAGAAGGUUGAUGGGAACUGUCACCUCCAAGCCUUUGUGCUUCACCUGUCUCACCGCACCGUCUGCAUCCACCCCCAGAACCGCAGCCUAGCACGCUGGUUUGAGCGCCGAGGGAAGAGGCUCCAGGGGGCUCCAACCACUCUGAAGUUGGGGCUGAAGGGGAAAAGGGCUCCGAAUCUAGAGCUGGGAGACAGUGAAGCAAAAACAGAAAGGCCGGAGCAACAGGAGAGCGGGUCGUAG